CAAAGACGGUCCUCCGCCUUUUGAUUGUCCAUCAUGGGCAGGCAAACCCCCCACGGGGCUUCAUCUUGACGUAAUGAAGGGAGACAAACUGAUAGAGGACAGGUCUGUGGCUGCAUGGCUUCCAACGGUGCUACAGCAAAAUCAGCCGUGAGGUUUAAGCUGAUCAGUGGAAGCGACACUGAUGAGUUAUGACUCAGAGAAAUUGAUUAUUGAUGAGAAGAAGUUUUACCUUUUUGGGAGGAACCCCGACUGGUGUGACUUCACCAUCGACCAUCAGUCAUGUUCCCGUGUUCAUGCUGCCUUAGUCUACCACAAACACCUAAAAAGACUCUUCCUUAUAGACCUCAACAGCACACAUGGUACUUUCCUUGGACACAUCCGCCUCGAGGCCCACAAGCCUCAGCAGGUUCCUAUAGACUCCACUUUAGCUUUUGGGGCUUCCACGCGAACGUAUAUCAUCAGAGAGAAACCCCAAACCCAAGGCAGCACUAGCACAGGAGACAAUAAGACGGGAGAUGACGAGGAGCUCAAAGGACUUCUAGGUCUUCCAGAAGAAGAAACAGAGUUAGAUAAUCUGACAGAGUUCAACACAGCUCACAACAAGCGCAUCUCGCUAUUGACCAUUGAAGAAGGCAACCUGGAAAUCCAAAGACCUAAAAGGAAACGCAGAAACUCCAGAGUCACCUUCAGUGAAGAGGACUCCAUCAUUAACCCAGAGGAUAUUGACCCCUCGGUCGGUCGCUUCAGGAACAUGGUGCAAACAGCUGUCAUCCCCAUCAAGAAACGCAGAGCGGAGGGCCAAAACACUCUGGGACUGGACGAGCUGACAGCAAAGCGCAUGCAUGGCUACAGCUUAGGUGGUGGUCUGUAUGGGGACUUGCCUCCCACCAGUCAUGAAAACCAGCCUACAGGAGCGCCCGGGGGUGCUGCCAUGCAAGGAGGACUUCCUUUGCCCUUCCCAAACCCAGCGCCGGAGGUGGACCUGGCCCCAGAGGCUCCUCACCCCCCAAUUUCUCUCAAUCCCACGCCCGUCACAGCCCCGUAUCUACCAGAGACCCUCAACGAGCCACGCAAAAAGAAGUACGCCAAAGAGGCUUGGCCAGGCAAAAAACCCACCCUUUCGCUACUUAUCUGAUGAGUUCUGGAAAGCUUCUUUCUGCCUCUCAGGUUACCAGAAGAUGGGCCAGUCACUGUGACCUGGCAGAGAUGGAGCCAUUCACUUCUAUUUACCCCCCAUCAAUUUAUAGUGUUACUCAUCGUCAAACAAAAGUGCAGCUUACAUUUUUACCGUAGGUCUGCCUCACUAGAAUCCACUCCUAUUAAUAAACAGUUUGGUUGUUUGUAACUUUUUUUGUCUGGAAAUAAAAUCCACCUAAGUUUAAAAAAAAUCUUAGCAGUUAGUGCAUCAGUUGAAGAGUGGCAGAUAGUUGUCAGUGACGGGUGUGGAGUCACCGCAAUGUCCAUGGUAGUUCCGAUCAGUGUGAACUUUUUUUUUAUUUCUGUUUUGUUGGUUUUUCUGUUGCUAUUCAAGCAAAUGUGCUUUUAUAGACCACACCAAACUGAGAGGUCAGGAGAGAAUACAUCUGUAAAUGGAUAUUUUGGAAAAAUGCAGGGCUAUUCUCUUUAUCUUUUUUUUUACUUGUACUGUUUUAAAAUGUUUUUACAUUUCAUUUUUGUUUCCAAUUAUCCCGAUUCUGUGUAUUAGAUCUUUUAUGGACUAGGUGUUGUAUUCUCCUGGUAAACCAGUAGGUGGCGACUCAAACAAAGGAUUCAGAUUGGUUUGAAGUUUGGCUGCAAGCUCUAAAGUGAUCAUUUGUCUGAUCUAUUGCACCUGAAUCUAAGUAAUCAUCAAAGGAAUAUUGCAAAGAAUUGUUUAAUUCUUAAAAGUUUUGGCAUUUCCUGGUCCAAACAAUACACAACUCAACAUAUUGGACUUUUUCCUGGGAUUUGAAAUGGGUUAUUCCAUUUUCUUUUAGCUAAUGACAGAAUUGUGUAAUCAAUAUUGGUUGGACUGAAAAAUCCUUGGACAUAAUGGUUUGAAAUCUGUUUUACUAACAAUAAACCUGGUCAUAAACUUUAACCUGUAACAGUUUACACGGCUUAACUAACCGAAGAAAGCCAACUGCGUCUGAGCACACAGGAAAAACUGCUGAAAGAUCACAAGAUUCUGGAAUACCUUAAACUGACUUUGAAGAACUAUGUGCAUUCAAAGUUGUCUGGGCUUAAGGUGCAUAACGUUUAAUAAUUUGAAACAGUAUAAUAUUUCCCAAAAGGUGGUUUUUUUUUUAUGUCUGCCAGUACAAUCUAUGAGCUUCGAGUCGACUCACUCAGACCUGAUGCAGCAGUGAUUUUGGAGAUUUGGUGAAAGCUUCAGGUCAGUGUGAGUUCACAUACGGGCAAACAGUUUUAAGAAAGAUGCUCCAUGUUAUUGGAUGAAUAAGUAGUUGGCGUCCUGCGUCACAGCGUCCAACUCCUAACAGAUAUACAGAUUUCAAGAGAUUAAAAAAAAAAAAAAAAAGACAUU